ACAGCAGAAUGGUAAUGAAGAAGAGGGGGGAGGAAUACAAGGAGAGGAGGAGGAAGGAGAAAGGAUGCAGGAAGAGGAAGAGGGAAGAGUGGAGGGGGAGGAGGAAGAGAAGGAAGGAAAACGCAGCUUUAGGAAGAGGAAGAUAAGAAGAAUGAGCAGUGAGGAAGAGAAUGAGGAGGAAGAGGAGGAGAAGUCAUAUCAGGACAAGACCAAAAGAAAGAAAGUAAAGAAGAAAACGGAGGAGAGCGAUGACGACUGGAUGCCUGAGGAUGGAGUCUUGCCCGAGUUGGACCGCCCCUCCUCCUGCUCCGAGGAGUACGAGGAUGAUGAUGAUGAUGAGGAACAACCGCGUGAGCUGUGCAGCGACUGCGGUAAAAUGUUCCGGAGUCGACCGAGCAAACCGCACGUCUGCCUCCACAAAACCAAAUCAACAAUGUGCCAAAUAUGCGGCAAAGCAGUGCUGAACGCACAGGGUCUCCGCCUACACAUCGCCCAUUUCCACCACAAACGGCCGCAGUGCAAAUUCUGCUUCAAGCAGUUCAGGUACGUUCAGGAGAAGUUUGAUCAUGAGGAGACUCAUCAGGGAGAGAAACUGAAGUUCUACUGCUCAGAAUGCCCCGAGCGAUUCCGUACCCGCCAGAGUCGGAGUGCUCACAGGAAAACGCACUGGACGCAUGGCAGGUACAUUUGUGAGGUCUGCGAUAAGGUAUUUAAGGACAUAAAUCAUCUAAAAAGACACAAGCUGGUUCACUCUGGAAAGAAGCCUUUCACAUGCAAAGUGUGUGACCGUUCGUUCAACCAAGACGGCCACCUGAAGUCACACAUGCGCAUGCACACGGGAGAGAGACCCUUCAAGUGCCCGCAGUGUGAGAGGAGCUUCAACCACAACGUCAGCCUCAAGAACCACCUCCAGCGACACCAUGGAGCCAAGACUGGCCCAGCUCAACAGGAGACUUCCGGGACGCAGCAGGAGGGUUCUAGAACUGACCAAAGUUCCGGAACAUCGGAGUAGACUUUGCAGAUCAGAACUGAGAAGAGACACUAGCGAUUACUCACCAACUUGUUCUAGAACUGAAACCGAUAUGAAAAAUCUUGAAGAUGGAGGAUUCAGUCAAAUGUUCUGGAACAUAAGACUGGAUGUUGUUAAACUUUGAGAUUUAAUAGUCUCAGUGUAUCAAUAUUUUUUUCUCAUGUGCCAUGAGUGGCUUAGCACAGACUCCACUGGGUGGAUUCCAAUUGGCGGACUCGCGUCCUCUGUCUAUGCCUCUGGCCUCGCAUUUUGCUGAUACGCUGCCUCAGUGGAGAAAACAAGUUUCCCCGCUGUCAGCCUAGCCACAACAACUUUUGGGGGACUCUUAAUUCACCAUCAUCUCAUUGCAAAUUGCACUUUUGCAAGAUAUUUAAUUAGACUUCUGUCGUCAGUGAUGUCAGCACGAGACCACAAGCAGGAAAGUGAGUAAGGGAGGACGGGAGUCAGGAUAUUGGAAUUCACCCAGCGAGUUUCAGUAACAGAGAGCUUUGGUUUAGGCUCUCAACCUUUUUGAAACAAACACCCGCUUGACCUAAUCAUAAGCCUCCCUACGCCCCCUUGACCUCAUCAUAAACCUCCCAAGGCCCAGGUGACCUCAUCAUAAACCUCCCAACCUCAUCAUAGGCCUGCCAAUGCCCCCUUUAGUAUUAAAAAAUAAAAUUCUAUUGCCCCCCAAUGGUAACUGAGUACACCCUCCUUUUGUCUGUUCCUGUCAUUGAACUGGCUCUCCAGCUUUUGUAUAAAAUACUGCAUUACGACCUC